UCCUCACCUUUCUCAUUCAUCUCUUUCUUCCACCACUUUCCAAAACCCCACAAGAACUUCAACUCUUCUUCAACCUUCAAUCACCCAUAACUUCUUCAAUUCUUGUCCAAAUCAAGUGAAAUCGGAGUCUAUCUUGACUAAUUUUUCACGUAGUUUCUGAUUUUGCCAAGAGAUUUACAAGAAACGCAGUUUUCGAGUCCGAAUUCCAAACCCUAGUCCGAAAAUUUUUGGGGGUUUUUGGAGUUUUUGUUUCACAAGCAUUUUAUCAUCUUCAAACAAAGGAAAUGGCACGAACAAAAGAAAAGACCGGAGCUAGUUCAUCUUCGUCUUCGAAGGGAAAGGGUAAACAGCCGGAACAACCAAGGAAGAGACAAUACAUAGGUCGAGUUGAUGAAAGUGAGAGUGGAAGUGAGGAAGAGAUGGAGUUGGACCCGGCUGAAAAGCCAAAAUGGGAUUCGGGUCCACUGGAUGAACAACCGGAGCAUUGGCAAUCAACUUUGUACCAUGACCGAAUGAAUAAGUUGAAGAAUAAGGCAGCAGCCUUUAUAUGUGAGAAGGAAGUUCGGGAAGUGGAAUUUCAACAGUUCGAUGUGUUUGACAAGUUCCGCGCUCUAGGUUGGGAGUCGGCACUUAAAUGUUUUGACAAAGAUAAAAGCAACUUGUUUAUCACCGAAAUUCAAGAAUGGAUGGCAACUCUCAAGGUUAACACAUAUGAAAAGCCAUCGCAAAUGAAGUUGAUUGGUGAAGUGCAUGGGGUUCCAGUGGAGAUGUCCUUUGAUACGUUGAAGAAGCUCGGGAAAUACGAUAGCCUUCCAGCCCGUGAUUAUAUGGUUCCCACCCUUGAUGACCUUUUGGUGAAGCCGGAGAAGCACCCCCGUUGGAACGACAUGUUGGCAACGCUAUUUUUGCCCGGUACUUAUCAUGGAGUUUUGUAUCGGAAGAAUUUAAAAAUCGAAGCGAAAUUAUUGUUGGCAAUUUGUUUAUUGAAUGUUAUACCGCGAAGGGGGGACAAAGAGCAAAUGAGGUUUCCUGAAGUACCAGUCCUCUAUUCAUUACUUACUGGGGGCCCGCGUUUCCCAAUCCGUUAUCUAAUCAUGAACCACCUGUGGAUCUGCCGAAACAAAUAUGGAAGGGAUAUAGUUCCAUAUUGCCGAAUCAUCACGGGGUUAAUGAAGCAGCAAAAGGCACUUACGUCAGAAGAUAGAGGAGCAACAAAAAGACAUCAGCCUUUUACUCUAGAUAAGAUGGGGAUUGGUUGGAAUUAUACGCAGUCGGAGCGGUACCAUAAGCUUAAGUCGGAGGGGCAGAGAUGGAGAGCUUUAAAGGCGGGUGCGAGAAAUUUGUUACCGGGUGAAGAAGAUGAACCCGAGAGUGAUGCAGAAAUCCCAAGUGGUGAUGAUGAUUAUGCGGAUGCGCCGCAUGGUGGUGAACAUGUGAACGUGAAUUUGGGGCAAGGGGGCCCGGGUGGAGGUUAUGGUGGCGCUUUCUACGACUAUACGGAGCGUUCUUAUGUGCCCGGGUGGGCUUAUGAAGGUACCAUGCAAGAGGUGAUAGCAAAUCAACGUCCUCCCGCUUCUGUUUUUGAAACUUGGUCGGGUCCGGAGCGGACAUUAUAUGAUCAAAAUACCAUGAUGAGUGCAAACAUAGAGCGGUCCUUGAAACAAAGCUUUGAUCGUAGUGAGGCGUGGAAUCGCACCUCUGCGUAUUCCCAAGAAGUGGAAAUGAAUAAUCGGUACCACGAUGAUCAAGAGAGAAGGUUACAUGCAGAUUGGCACGCCGGGAGGCCAGUGGUUGUGGAUCCACAACAUGUGGAUUAUGCUUCUCUACCACCUUAUGAUGGUAGUGUGUCAUACCCGACUCCACAGUUUCACCACUCACAAUGGAUCGACCGAGGCAACAAGAAGGAGCUCAACAACAACAAGGAGGGAGUAGUAGCGGCUCAUUUGCGUUUGGAGAAUGGAACGACAUGAUGUCGUCCAUUUUUGGACCGCCGGGACUGCGCUAUUAUUAGUCAGGUGGUGUUCCUCCUUUGUAUAUUUUGUGCAUAUUUGUUAGUUUGCUUUGUUUAUGGUCGGGUGAUUGGGUGGUGUUAGUUGUUAUGAUGUGUUUGGUUUGGUGCUAGUCGGUGGUGUGUUGGUGUUAAAAAGAAGAAAAAUAUAAAAAAAAUUAUAAAAUGAAAAAUCCAAAAAGAAAUUUGGGGUUUGAGUGUGUAAGCAAUUGUUGAUGUUGAGAGAGGUUUAGUGAUCAAAGCCUCCUAGAACCAUACAUUGGGGUCAAUGUAUCCCAAGUGUGGGGAACGGGGGAAUUUUUGAAGGUUUUGAAAAUUUUGAGUCAAGCAAAACAUUGUGAAAUUUUGAAUGCCCCAGAUUAACCCCAAAUGAUGCACUGCAACCCUUUGAUACCCUUUUCUUUCUUGGUGAGAGUUGAAGCCACCUUGUAUAUAAAUAAUGUUUAUCUUUGAUGAGAGUGGCAACGGGUGGCGGUGCAUUAGAACUUGUGCUUGAAUACGGUUCGAGGCCUUAGUUGAGCAUGAAUGUAGAAAGGAUAAGGGCAUUUAGGUAGCCUCGUCUUAGUUUGUGCGAGUGUGGGAUUUGGGGGG